GGGGCUCCCCGAGCGUCUGGGCGCCUUCCCGACGUCCCCUCCGCCCUGGCUGCACCGACCUCCCGCUGGAGCCAUGGAGGACGAGGUGGUCCGCAUUGCCAAGAAGAUGGACGAGAUGGUGCAGAAGAAGAACGCGGCUGGAGCAUUAGAUUUGCUGAAGGAGCUUAAGAAUAUUCCGAUGACUCUGGAAUUAUUACAGUCCACGAGAAUUGGAAUCUCAGUUAAUGCUAUUCACAAGCAGAGUAUAGAUGAAGAAGUUACUUCUUUAGCAAAGUCUCUCAUCAAAUCCUGGAAAAAGUUAUUAGAUGGACUAUCAACUGAUAAAGACUCUGAAGAAAAGAAAAAAGAACCUGCCAUGACAUCGCAGAACAGCCCUGAAGCUAGAGAAGAAAGUAGCUCUAGUGGCAACGUAAGUAUCAGAAAGGAUGAGGCAAAUGCUCGAGAUACUUACGUUUCAUCUUUUCCUCGGGCACCAAGCACUUCUGAUUCUGUACGGUUAAAGUGUAGGGAGAUGCUUGCCGCAGAUCUCCGAACAGGAGAUGACUACAUUGCUAUUGGAGCUGAUGAGGAAGAAUUAGGAUCUCAAAUUGAGGAAGCUAUAUAUCAAGAUAUAAGGAACACGGACAUGAAAUACAAAAAUAGAGUACGAAGUAGGAUAUCAAAUCUUAAGGAUGCAAAGAAUCCAAAUUUAAGGAAAAAUGUACUGUGUGGGAAUAUUCCUCCUGACUUAUUUGCUAGAAUGACAGCAGAGGAAAUGGCAAGUGAUGAGCUCAAAGAGAUGCAGAAAAACUUGACCAAAGAAGCCAUCAGAGAGCAUCAAAUGGCCAAAACGGGUGGAACCCAGACUGACUUGUUCACAUGUGGCAAAUGUAAAAAGAACUGUACUUAUACACAGGUACAAACUCGUAGUGCUGACAAACCGAUGACAACAUUUGUUGUCUGUAAUGAAUGUGGAAAUCGAUGGAAGUUCUGUUGAGUUUGGAGAAUUGGCAAGAUGUCUGGACCAUUAAGAAAAUGGAUUUUGUAAUUAGCUUUAAAACUCUGUCAAGCAAUUAGUUUUCUGACAUAUCAGAUUUUUAAAGCAGCAUACAUCCCUUGGGUUAGACUGUUUUUGACAUAACAUCCCUUCCUUAAAUGCUUUCUGUAGUUUCAGAUAGCAGUAGGGAGACCAUAUAAUAAUUGUAUGGUAUCUGUUUCAGAAUAUUUUUUUUCAUUUUUAUAAGUAAGUUGAUAUUAAACUUUUAUCAAUUAAACUUUGACACUCAGUUUUUUCUUUUCUUCUUAAAGGAAAAUGUACCUUAACUUUUUUACAGUCUGAAACAUAC